CGAGUGUGAUUCAUAUCAUCCACACGAGAAGCGUCUCAGGACAUGACACCAUGCAAUCAAUGCAGAGAGGGAAUACGCAAGACAGGCACGCAGGCAGAGAGUGUGAGAGCGAGGCAGAGAGAGCCUAUGCACAGCACACAAGGACGGACCUACACACCCACACGGGCCACACCCACACGCACAUACAAACAUUUCACAUGCACUGACAGACACCACAACCACACACGGCGUAUCCGUCCUUCCAUGCAGCUCUAGCUCUCUCUCUCUCGCUCUCUCAGCGACUGAGAUCCUCUCUAUCCUCUCUGUGUUAGUGGUGCCGUGCCGUACGACACAAUGUAAGUCAGCCAGCCACCAAACAGCCAGCCAUGCCCAUCUAUCCGUCUGACUGACUGACUGACUGCCCGCCUGACUGUGGGGGACCUGUGUCUUGAGAUGAGCCCAUCGGUGCGGUGUCGUCAGUGCCGGCAGUGGCCGCACUGACGAAGCCGCACGAUUACAUGAAAGAAAACUAGACAGACACCCUCUCUGUCUGUCGCAGGCAGCUAUGAUUCCUCCCUCCCUCCAGUCGUCAGUAUCAUAAGGCUGAUAGGAAGAGUCAGCACGGUCAGGCAAGUGCGGGCCGGGCCGCGUGAGCAAAACACAGUCAGUGCAUUGCCACACCACACGAGAAUCGAGACGACUCGCCGCUACACACGCGUCAACAGGUAUAGACACACACACGUGGGGUGGGGUGGGGUGGUUGACUCGACCAAAAGCAAAAGGAGAGGACGUGUAUUGUCACGCAUUGCACACACGAGGCGGACGGAUGUGCCAUGGGACGGUGUGUGUGCCUUGCUGUGUUUGCCCAUCUCCCCUCUGCUGCUGUCUGUCCUCUCUCCGGCCCACACACACCUCACCGGUCUGGGCGGCGAAUGCACAUGAGGGGGGGCAGUGGGAGGGGAGGGGCGGAGUGGACAGACAGACAGACAGACAGACAGACAGGGACGAGCGAGCCAGCCGAAGAGACACACUGGUGUGAACAAACACGCGGACAUUAGGGAGAGGCAGACCAUCCAUCCAUCCAUCCAUCCAGCCAUCAGCGAGUACCACAGCAGACAGCACACGCCACGAGAGAAAGUCCCCACCGGCCCCCCUCUAUCUGCCGCCCACACAUCCGUCCAGAGAAAAUGUCUCGGGCGGAUCGCUCCAACGCCAACACCGCCGCCCAGCCUGACACACACAUGGAAAGACAGACACAGACACCAUUGCGUAAGUCAUGAGCGCAUCUUCUGCUCGUCUCAGUCGUGUUUGGUGCAGACAUACCUCAGCUGUCUAUUGGUCGAAGAUCAUGGCUGAGAUGAUGUCCCUCAGCACCGCACGGGCCAGCUGAGUGGUCACCGGGAAGCGGACCUUGAAGGCGCCACCCACAGACACAGCCGGUUCGGUGGUGCAGACAUCCACACGCACUGCAAAUGGAUGACAGGAGAGGACAGAGAUGAGAGUGGCACCGCAUUUCCUCCCCCUCGCUGUGCAGGGCUGGGCUGACCGUCGACGAAACGAUCGAUGCGAAUCCAUGCGACGAAUGAGUGGCUGGCGUCGGUCAGGACGAGAGAACGAUUGCGGCCGAUAGGGCCGAGGUACGAUGUUGUGGUGGUGCAUCCCUCCACUGGUGUGUGGGGGGACUGUGUCAGCAGGGUGUGCAGCCGGCUGUUGUCGACAUGCCUGACACACACAACGUACACUCGUGUGUGACGUGGCAAUGCUCACAGAGAGUGAUGCCCCGCCUCACCUGUCGAUCAUACGGUAAGUUCUGUUGAUCUGGUGAGUCCCCCUGAAGUGGUCGAGGACGAUCCUCUUGACAUACGACGACACAGAUGAGAAGUUGCGAGCAAACAGCGGCGGCUGCCAGCCCUGGUGAGAAUAGUCGAUCCUGCUGCGGACUGGCGGGUCAUGGGGCUGUCGGUGCUGCUGGUAGGGGUGGUUGGGAGGGAGGGGCGGGAUGAUGUCGAUUUCGAAGCCGUCCUGGUCCUUAAUGGCCCGCACUGUGAUGCCGUGCUGGAACAGCUGGAAGGUCACGCCGUCGCCGAAGUCGAUGUGGCGGCCGACCAUCUUGAGCUGAGCCAACACACGGGGAUCGGCCAAAUACGCCUGCACACACAACACAUCAACACACCACACACCGAUUGAGAGCCAUGGUCCCUCCCUCCCUCCCUCCCUCCCUCGGUCGGUUGGCCUACCGUCUUGUUUGGGUGUUGGUGCAGAUCGGCGGCAGUGAUGCUCACAGGCAGCUGGCAGUUGCCGCACUGCCCCGCCAGCUCGAUCGCCUCGCUCAUCUCACUCCAACCGCCCGCCUCCGUCACACACAGCGCCGCCAACAGGUCACCCACACCCAUCUGCUGCUGGUCGAAUGUCACCAGCUGCUGUCCGUUGGCCGUCCGCCGCAGCCCCGCCUGUGUGCCGAGUUCAUUGUCUGUUGUCCAUUGGCUGAGCAGCUGCCGCAGCUGAGGCGCUCCGAAGAGGCCACUGGCCCAGUUGCAGGUCUUACUCAGACGCAGCACAUCUCGCAGCAGAAAAUCGCUGCCGCGGUGGGCGCAGACGAACCACACGGGGUGCUGCUGCUGCUGCUGCUGGGGGUGCUGCAUGGGGGCCGUCAGACCUGCCGACAGUGAGCUGCCGCCCCCCUCAUGCUGCUGCUGUGACUCUGCCGCAGCACCACCCACACCAAUCGAGCCACCUGAAGGCACCACACAGCACAGGACGGUCAUGACGAUGUGCAGUCCACCAACAGCAGCUGAUGCUUUGCGUUCCUCCGCUAUGUCCACCACCAGCAGCAGCAGCACCACCACCAUCAGCAGCAGGGCUUCUGCCUACGCGUCUACGCUUCUCGGCGCUGUCAUCAUCAGGCACCUGACCAGCAACACACACCAAUGAGUUUGUGUCUGUGUGGGCGUGGGUGUGGACUUGUGCGUACCGCUUUGCUAUGCUGUUUGUUGCGGCUACUGUCCAUCUGACGAACACGGUCAACCACCUGCACCAAGGAAGCAAAGCAGCCACACAGCGACAUGGGAUGCAGUCAUCAGUGCGCCUGUGAUCUCAGUCUGCCGACUCACUGCUCAGUGUGUGAGUUUUGGCGUCAGCCUUCGAGCUGAAACUGACGCCAGCCAUCAAGAAGCAGCCCGACUGAUGCCGUCAGUGCUGCCCGCCGCACAAAUGCAAAACCUCUCAACUCAGGCCGUCACCGUCAGAUCUGACGGCACACACACCGCACAGCCAGGCAGGGAGGGAAGGGAAUGUGUUGCCUGUCGUUUCUAUGUGUUAUGGCUCAUCUGCCUGUCUGCCUGCCUCCCUCAGUUGGCCUCGCUGAUGGGAAGCGCCUCGGCUCGCUGAGUGAAUGGGUGGAGAGGUCUUUUGGUCUCACCGAUGGUGACGAGAGCAAGUGUGGAGGCAUCAACAAGCCGUCAUCGGAGCUAAACUUUCCUCGUCCGCUUUGGAAUGCGAGUUCCUUCGUCAGCUUUGGGCUUCGA